AUGCUGCCGUUUUCGAGACUGCUCUGCUUCGAAUCAGAGGAUGAGGGAAAAGCAAAGUAUUUUGCAGAUUUGGGCGUCGAGGCCACUGUGCUCCCAGAACCAGGAACUCCCAUCCAGGCUUACUCUUCGUUCAACGACCUCAUUGCAGGCAAAGACAAAGUCACUGCAACAGUGGGCAAGGUAUACACAGGUUUCCUUCUCUGGGAUUUUAUGGAUCUGAAACAGCUUCCGUCCUGCACCAUGCUAACACAGCUGGACGGCGGUAUCUUAGCUUCUUCCACCACUUCCACGCUCAACAUUCCUGCCAAUCCACCGUUAUGGACAAAGCCUGCUGCAGCGCUCGCCGCUCCCGAAGAGGACAUCCACAUGAGCAGAUACUGUGCUUCCAAUUUCCCCGAUUGGGAGGGAGAACUGGUUUUCGUCACGUCCAAAGUAUGCCGCGACGUGUCUCCGAAAGACGCAGAAUCUUAUAUUCUCGGCUACACGAUCGGAAACGAUCUGUCGUGCCGGGUGUUCCAGCUGCCCGCGCAGAAUGGAGGACAGUUUUUCUACGCAAAGGCAUUUGACAAGUUCGCGCCUAUCGGGCCUGUCCUCGUCAGCGCUGAAGUCAUCCAGCAGAGUGAGGAGGUCAAGAUUGUCACCAAGGUCAAUGGAGAGGUCAUGCAAGAUGCCGACGUCAAAAAGGACAUGGUGUUCUCGCCUGCACAGAUUUUGAGCUUCAUGAGCCAGAGCACAACCAUUCCAGCAUACACGGCCGUCAUGACGGGCACUCCUGCGGGAGUUGGUGCGUUCAAAUCUCCGAGACGGUUCUUGAGCCACGAGGACGUUGUAGACAUCCAAAUCACUGGCAUCGGAGUGCUGAGGAACAGAAUUCUCUUCCCAGAGGGAAAACAAGCCGUAUUGUGA